GUUCCCAAAUCAGACGCGGACCGAGCGCUCCUAAACCGGAAAUAGUUGAAAACGCAGUGAGUUGUUUCCCAUUGUGUAUACGCGAGCAUACUAAUGAAAAUAGACCUUUAUCGUUCGUUAAACAUCUAUAAAACUAUCUUAUCAAUUGAGUCAUUCUCACUGACAUUUGGAACAUAAAUAUAACGACAAAUAUGAACGUGACUCUGGCUGUCAAGCAGUACAUUUCCAAAAUGAUAGAGAGCAGCGGACCCGGGAUGAAGGUGCUGCUGAUGGAUAAGGAAACAACCAGUAUCGUGAGUGUAGUGUACACACAGUCUGAGAUCCUUCAGAGAGAAGUCUUCCUUUUUGAGCGCAUCGACUCACAAAACAGGGACAAUAUGAAGCACCUUAAGGCAAUCUGCUUUCUUCGGCCAACCAAGGAGAAUGUAGGGCACUUGAUUCAAGAGCUUCGUUGGCCCAAGUAUAGUGUUUACUUCAUCUAUUUCAGUAACGUGAUCAGUAAGAGUGAAAUAAAGGCUUUGGCUGAGGCAGAUGAACAGGAAGUAGUGGCAGAAGUGCAGGAGUUCUAUGGAGAUUUCAUUGCUGUGAACCCUCAUCUCUUCUCCCUAAACCUUCAAGGAGUAUCCAGGGGUCGCAGUUGGGAGCCCAGUGUAUUGCCUCGUGUUACUCAGGGUUUGACAUCAGUGUUGCUGGCCCUGAAGAAAUGCCCCAUGAUCCGCUACCAGCUCUCUUCUGACAUGUCCAAAAGGCUGGCAGAGUCCAUUAAACAAAUCAUUACUAAGGAGUAUGAACUCUUUGACUUCAGAAAAACAGAAGUUCCUCCACUUCUCCUAAUUUUAGACAGAAGUGAUGAUGCCAUUACUCCCCUUCUCAAUCAGUGGACAUAUCAGGCCAUGGUUCAUGAGCUACUGGGCCUCAAUAACAACCGCAUAGACCUGUCAAGAGUUCCUGGAAUCAGUAAGGACCUACGGGAGGUGGUCUUGUCUGCAGAAAAUGAUGAGUUUUAUGCAAAUAAUUUAUACCUGAAUUUUGGUGAGAUUGGAACAAACAUCAAGAACCUGAUGGAGGAUUUCCAGAAGAAAAAGCCCAAGGACAAACAAAAAUUAGAGUCCAUAUCUGACAUGAAGGCUUUUGUGGAUAAUUACCCACAGUUUAAGAAAAUGUCAGGCACGGUCUCGAAACACGUAACUGUGGUUGGGGAGCUGUCUCGCCUGGUCAGUGAAAGACAGCUGAUGGAGGUGUCCGAGGUGGAGCAGGAGCUGGCCUGCCAGAAUGACCACUCCAGUGCACAACAGAAUGUGAGGCGAUUAUUGCAGAAUCCUCGGCUUUCUGAAAUUGAUGCUGUGCGGCUGGUGAUGCUGUACGCGCUUCGCUAUGAGAAACACAACAGCAGUAUUCUCCCCAGCCUUAUGGAGGAGCUCAACCGCAAAGGGGCGUUAGAGAGACACCGCAAGAUGAUACAAGCCGUGGUGGAAUAUGGUGGCAAACGAGUCAGAGGAAGUGACCUCAUGGUUCCUACAGAUGCUGUGGCCAUAACCAAACAGUUUUUCAAAGGACUUAAGGGAGUUGAGAAUGUGUACGCACAGCAUCAGCCGCUACUACAUGACACGCUGGAUCAGCUGAUCAAGGGUCGUUUGAAGGACAGCCAGUUCCCCUACCUCGGGCCAAGUUCUCUUAGAGACAGACCUCAAGACAUUAUUGUCUUUAUUAUUGGUGGGGCCACUUAUGAGGAGGCAUUGACUGUUUAUAACCUGAACCGCACAAUGCCUGGGGUGCGCAUCGUACUCGGGGGCACAACCAUUCACAACACUAAGAGCUUUCUGGAGGAAGUAAUGCUUUCAGUAGGUUCAGGUGGUGACAGAACACGAGGAGGAGGGCGUCAGAUGAGCCGACGUUGAGCUGUUAUCAGCAUAUUAAUGUGCGCUGUCUGUCCUCUGAACCCUGAGCUGAGCACAUUUUUCUUCUUUGUUUCUCACCUGAUAUUCCUUGAAAAUGUUUUGGAUGUUUAAGUUAAGGAAAUUGUAGCAUUGCACGAUAAGGUUUAAUUCAUUAACAUUAUUGAACAAUUAAUAACAAUUUGAACAGCAUUUAUUAAUCUAAGUUCAUGUUAAUUGUAAUAAUGAAUUGUUAAAAAUUUAUCAACAUUAACCUAGAUUAAUAAAUAUUGUAAUAUCAUUCAUCUUUUUUAGUUCAUGAGACCUAAUGUGUUAACUAAUGUAAAUGAUUUGAAACGUAUCGUAAAGUGUUAUUAAAAAAUAUAUAUAAGGAGAAGUGUUGAUGAUGUGUGAAACACUGUAAAUGUGCAUAACUUUUGUGAUCAUAUGUAAAUAAUGUUUUAGAUGACCCAAAAAUGUUCACCGUAUCAGCAUUUUGUAUUAAUUUGCUUGGUGUUGCCUCGUUUGAUUGUUUCUGGACAGAUAACUACUGUAUGUUUAAAAAAAAAAAAUGUAUAUAUACAUAUCUUAUGAACAAAAAUGUAACAGGCUGUUUUGUGUGUAUAUAUUUAACUUUAGUUACAAUAAUGUCAAAUUGUUGAAUCAAAUGUUUCCAUCAAGGCUGGAAAAAUCAAACAAAAUCUGUUUGUUUCAAGCAAAAUUCUAAAACAUUUGUAUUUUAGAAAAAAAAGUGGUGAACUGUAUUCUUUGUUGUCAUUAUUUCAUCCCUAUCCAGCUAAAUUAAAAGACAUGCUGCAGAUAUGUAGACAUAUAUAAACUUGUCUUCUCGUAAUUAGCUAGAGCUUAUUAAUUCAAUCAGUGCACAAUAACUGUAAUAUUAAUGUCUAAUAUCAAAGUCUUUUAACAACUUGUAUAUGGCCUUUCAGUUAUAAAAUGUUUUAUGACAGUUCUUGGUAGAUAAAUUGCAACACACUAUCUUUGUACAGGUGCAUCUCAAUAAAUUUUAAUGUUGUGGAAAAGUU